AAGGAGACUGCAACUGAUGUGGUCUUCAGUUGUGGGCUGGCGCAUCAAGAUAAAGGAGGAGAAAUAAAAGGAUAAAAAACAAGAUAAGACUCCUAAUCAAGUAGGAGAAAUUAUAGGAAUAGAUUUGUAAAUUAUCUUGUAAAUAUUCUCAAUUAUGUUGCUUAUCAUCUGCUAGAAAUUAGGAAUUGAUAACAUAGAAAGCUGUAUAUAAUUCUUAUUUCAUGAGAAAUCAAGUAUGUUUUGGAUUUCCACCAAAUCAGUCUCUCGUUUCUAGGUUCCAUACUUUAGGAACCAAAUUUGUUCAUGGUAUCAGAGCUCGGCUCUUCUUAGUCCAAAGAUCCGAAUCAGAUGGAGCCCCAAGACCGUGAGAAUGCAGCCCCAACUGCAGCGGAGUCUUCCUUGAGUUCGGAUCUUCAACAACCAGCGACUUCAACUGCUGGAGCGCCUAACAACACUCUUUCCUUGGAUAGUCAUACUUUGCAUAUCACCCAACAUAGGUUGAACGGAAGAAACUUUAGAGAAUGGUUUCAAUCCGUAACCUUGGUGAUUAAAGGCAAAGGAAAAUAUGGCUACCUCACAGGUACAAUCCAAACUCCACCAGAAAAUUCAGUAGAAUAUCAAAGAUGGGAGAUAGAAAAUUCGAUUUUGAUGGCUUGGAUUAUCAAUUCAAUGGAGCCCAAGAUAGGCUGACCCUAUCUAUUUUACAAAACAGCCAAAGAAGUGUGGGAGGCUGUUCAGGAAAUCUAUUCUGAUCUCGAAAAUACAGCCCAAUGCUUUGAGAUUAUGGCUGCAAUUCGGAAUACCAAGCAGGGCAAUCUUGGAGUGACUGAAUACUACAAUAACCUAGUGAAACUAUGGCAGGAGAUGGAUCUAUUUUAUGAUCCUAGCUGGAAGUGUGCAGAUGAUAGCCAAAAGUAUAGCAAAAUGCUGGAAAAAGAGAGAAUCUUUGAUUUUCUCCAAGGGCUCAAUCCAGAUUUUGAUGAGGUAAGAGGAAGAUUAUUGGGUACAAAGCCUUUACCAUCUCUUCGGGAGGUGUUUGCCGAAGUUAGACGGGAGGAAAGCAGAAAAAGGGUUAUGCUACCAACAACCGAACCUAAUUCAGGAUCGGCCCUUACUGCUGCAAGAAAGGAAGACAUUCCAAAGGAUAAGCAAUGGUGUGAACAUUGCAAUCGGCCUUAUCACACCAAGAGUACAUGUUGGAAGUUGCAUGGGAAACCCCCAAACUGGAAACCGAAACCGAAGAAGGACAGAUUGGCUUAUGCUGCAAUAAGUGUACCCACUAGUGAAAAAGGAACAGGUAUGGGAUUAACUACUGAUCAAAUUGACUUCUUACAGAAACUGUUACAAAGCUCAUAUAUUGCAAAGGAAUCAGAUGAGGCAGCACCAAAUUAUUCAGCAUCUAUGGCACAAAAAUAUAGGAGAUAAGGAUCUAACUGUUUUGAUGGCUGAUGGGACUCAAUCAUUGGUGAAAGGAAAGGGAAGUGUUUGUGUUGCUGAUUUAUUACUUGAAUCAGUAUUGCAUGUGCCAAACCUAAGUUGUAAUCUGUUAUCAGUAAGCAAACUAACGAGAGACUUGGAUUGUAUUGUAACAUUCUUUCCUUCAUAUUGCAUUUUUCAAGACCGAUCCUCGGGGAAGGUGAUUGGUAGUGCUGAGGAGAAGGAGGGACUUUACUGGCUUUCUGAUAAUAAGGAGUCUCUUAGUCAAGUUUCUCAUAGGUUUUUUCUUAUGGUUAGUUCAGAUUCUGAAAUUUUGUUAUGGCAUAAACGCCUUGGUCAUCCUAGUUUUUCCUAUUUGAAACACUUGUACCCUAACCUAUUUAUCAAUAAAGAAAAAAUGGUACUUAAGUGUGAUCAUUGCAUCCUUGCUAAACAAACUCAUAGUACUUAUCAAUCAGUCCCCUAUACUCCUUCUAAACCGUUUUAUUUGAUCCAUAGUGAUAUAUGGGGACUGGCUAGAGUACCAAAUCUAAAUGGGGCAAGAUGGUUUAUAACUUUUAUUGAUGACCAUACAAGAGUGUGUUGGGUAUACUUGAUGAAAGAAAAAUCUGAGGCAUGUGCAAUCUUUCAAACUUUCCAUAAACUCAUUUUAAAUGUCUUUCAGUCCUCUAUUUGUAUCCUUAGGACUAACAAUGGUUGGGAAUACUUUUCUCACUCGUUUACCCAAUAUCUUACUACCAAUGGGAUCUUCCAUCAAAGCACUUGUCCUUAUACCCCUCAACAAAAUGGAAUAGCUGAAAGGAAAAAUCGACACUUGCUUGAGGUGGCUAGAUCUCUUAUGUUCACAAGUUUCAUGCUUAAUAGAUAUUGGGGGGAGGCAGUUCUAACAGCUGCCUAUCUAAUUAAUAGACUGCCUACCAAAGUCUUGAAGUACCAAGUCCCACUACAAAAUCUCACUUCCAUCUUUCCCCAUGCUCGUAUUCUAAAUACUCUUCCUCCCAAAGUUCUUGGAUGUGUGGUGUAUGUCCAUCAAACCAGUCCAAAUCAGCAUAAACUUGAACCAAGAGCAUUAAAGUGUAUAUUCAUUGGGUAUUCUCCUACCCAAAAGGGUUAUAAAUGUUUCUACCCUACAUCACAAAAAGUCUUCAUCUCUUGUGAUGUAACAUUUAUGGAGAGUGAGUCAAUUACUCAAGUACCUCCCUACAAUUGAAAGAUAAUCAUUGGGAUCCAGCAGUACCUAUGCCUAUUUCAUUACCUAUACCUCAGCUUAACCCAAAUAAUGUUUUUAAUCAAACUGCUGCAGCUGAGUCUUCCCAGCCAGCAUGCUCUAAACCUAAUCACCCGAGCCUAUUAUCUUCUCAAGAACCCCAAAUCCCAGCUGAAUCUAUGGAAACUGAUUUAGGGGACAACUUGAAUCUAGAAAAGCCAAUACAAGUCUACUCAAGAAGAGGUAAACAACCAGCUCCUCAAAACUGCCAACUGCUAGAACCGAGGGAAAGUCCAGUGAAUGAGGAAGAAGUUACAGCUGUUGACAGUGACUUGCAUCUCCCUAUUGCUGUUAGAAAAGGGGUAAGAUCAUGUGUAAAGCAUCCUAUUUCAAAUUACUUGACAUAUUCCAGGUUAUCUCCCGAAUUCAAGGCUUUCACCGCUAAUUUAGAUACAGUGGCUAUACCUUGGAAUAUUCAAGAGGCACUAAAUGAUCCCAAGUGGAAAGAGGCAGUGAUGGAAGAGAUGAAGGCACUAAAAGGCAACCACACAUGGGAAGUUGUUGACUUUCCGAAAAACAAGAAGAUCAUAGGCUGCAAAUGGGUAUUCACCAUCAAAUACAAAUUAGAUGGGAGUAUGGACAGAUACAAGGCUAGGCUGGUUGCCCAAGGUUUCUCUCAAACCUAUGGGAUAGAUUAUGAGGAGACAUUCGCACCAGUCGCAAAACUAAAUUCUAUAAGAGUACUGUUAUCUAUUGCUGUAAAUAUGGAUUGAGAAUUGCUCCAAUUUGACAUAAAAAAUGCAUUCUUAAAUGGGGAGUUAGAAGAAGAAGUAUAUAUGCGGAUUCCACCUGGUUUUGAUACCGAAGAAAGUGGAAAGGUGUGCAAAUUACAAAAAUCUCUCUAUGGAUUGAAACAGUCUCCAAGGGCAUGGUUCAAAAAGUUCAGCUCUACUCUCAUUAAAUUUGGAUACAAACAAGGUGAUGCCGACCAUACUCUCUUUGUUAAACAUGCUACUAAUGGAAAAAAGUGUAUCUUAAUUGUGUAUGUAGAUGAUAUAAUCAUUACAGGAGAUGAUACUCAUGAGAUAGCAGCCCUGAAACAGAAAUUGAAAGAAAAAUUUGAAGUCAAAGAUUUGGGUGAAAUGAAGUACUUUCUUGGAAUGGAAGUAGCAAGGAGCAAACUAGGUAUAGUUAUCUCCCAACGAAAAUACACUCUUGAUCUUUUAAAAGAAACUGGAAUGUUGGGAUGCAAACCUAGGUAUACUCCACUAGAAAGAAAUUGGAAAUAUGUGAAAAAGGAUGAUGACUUGGUGGUUGAUAAAGAUAGAUAUCAAAGACUCGUAGGGAGGUUAAUUUAUCUCUCCCUAACUCGCCCAGAUAUAGCAUAUGCAGUGAGUAUUGUUAGCCAGUAUAUGCAGCUCCAACUCAACAACAUAUGACAGCUGUGUAUCACAUAUUGAGAUACUUAAAAGGAACUCCUGGUAAGGGACUGUUGUUUCAAAAGAGCGAUGAAAGAGGAGCUGAAGGGUUUUCUGAUGUAGAUUGGGCUGGAUCAGUAAUAGAUAGUCGGUCAACAUCAGGAUUUUGCACUAAAUUAUGGGGAAACCUAGUUACAUGGAGAAGCAAGAAACAAUCAGUAGUGGCAAGAAGCAGUGCAGAAGCAGAAUUUAGGGCGAUAGCUCAAGGCAUAUGUGAGCUUAUUUGGCUGGUGAGGCUUAUGGAGGACCUACAAAUACCUCUGACUCAACCAACGAAACUAUAUAGUGACAGCAAGUCAGCCAUAUGCAUUGUUAAUAACCCAGUACAGCAUGAUAGAAUGAAACACGUCAGGAUUGAUCGCAACUUCAUCCAAAGAGAAAUUAAUGAAGGAGGCAUAAAUCUGCUUUAUAUUCCUACAACAGAGCAGAUAGCAAAUGUGUUGACUAAAGCCAUGUCAAGACCUGGUUUUGAGAUCCUUAUCGACAAGCUAGGAAUGAGAGAUAUCUAUUCCUUAGCUUGAGGGGGGGUGUUGGAGAGUCCUAGGAUCCGAGGAAACCUCAAGGUAAAAAAGAGUCCAAAGCAAAGAAGGAGACUGCAAUUGAUGUGGGCUUCAGUUGUGGGCUGGCGCAUCAAGAUAAAGGAGGAGAAAUAAAAGGAUAAAAAACAAGAUAAGACUCCUAAUCAAGUAGGAGAAAUUAUAGGAAUAGAUUUGUAAAUUAUCUUGUAAAUAUUCUCAAUUAUGUUGCUUAUCAUCUGCUAGAAAUUAGGAAUUGAUAACAUAGAAAGCUGUAUAUAAUUCUUAUUUCAUGAGAAAUCAAGUAUGUUUUGGAUUUCCACCAAAUCAGUCUCUCGUUUCUAGGUUCCAUACUUUAGGAACCAAAUUUGUUCAUAAACUAAUGAUGAAAAUCCAACUCCUUGAAUGGUUUUCUUUAACAUGCCUGUUAAUAUUUUGAUAUAACAAUCUGUAGAUGAAAUCAAAGAACAUUUUUUUAUAUGUGCUAGUUUCACUUGUCUGGGGGGGGGAAAAAAAUCUGGUUUGUUCUCUAAGACUUUAUCAUCUAAGGAUAAUUUAAUAUGUGUUUCAACUCUCUCACACUGGUUGCUGGUUCUCUCCAAAAAUCAGACAGAAGAACAAUCAGUUUGCCAUCUAUCCAAGAACUUUCGAAUUAUUCUACAAGGAAUCUCAAUUAACCCUGAAGAAAGGUAUAGGAAAAAGAUAAAGUAUCUUUUUAUUCUCUAAAUUAGCAUGACAUGACGAGUCUUGUAUUAAGUUUUGUGCAAAUAUAUAUUAUUUAUUUAUUUUUCUUUCUUUUUUUUUCCCGCGGGGGGGUGAUGGGGAAGAGGAUACAAGAACUUGAGAGUUGGUCUAUCUCAUGUUAGGUGAGAUACUCAUUGUGGCGACAUCAUUAUUAUGGUCAUUGAUUAUUAGGAAGGAUACUAUGAGCUCAUUGAAGGACGGAUUAACUUCAAUUAAAUAUGGUUCAGGCUGACCCUUUUUGGCAAUAUUUUGUGUCACGUACUUCUCAAUAUGAUUAUCAUGUCUAGAGUUGUCGGUGGGACAAUUCUAGUGGCCAACUAUGUGCUUUACUCUUCUCAUUUCCUUUUUUUUUUUUCUUGU